AUACAGUUAGGAUGGUGAGGGGAAAAAAACAUUUUUUGCGAUCCCCCGAGGUGAAUUAGUUGUUGAGUGUGUCCAACAUAUAUACGUCUCUGGUUUGUCCCAUAUCCAUAUUUGGAACAGUAAGCUUAUUCUUUUCCUCGCUGUCCUAUCCUAACACUCGGCAACUAUAGGUUCGGUUAUUUAAAACGAUGACCCAAUGUUGACAUAGCAUAAGCUGUACAACGUAUUUAAACAGUAACGUACGUAGCACGGACUUAAAUAGCAUUCUUGGGUAUAAGUUACUGUUGUCGAACAGUAGGACAGGGGAUGUCCUAGUAAGGUAACACGUAGAUUCACUUGCAUAUGUAUGACAAGGUUCUGCCCGUCAACAUUACGGAAACACGAAUAAAUCUUGUUGAUGAACACGUGUUAAAAAAGGCAAAAUAUUUACAAGUGUCAGCCUGUAGGGGUUAACUCCGCCUUAUGAAAAUCAGAUAGGUCAAGGUUGGUAACCUCGUCGCUGAUUGGUUGAAUUGAUACAGUCCCCAUGUGAUCAGCUUCUAACCUACAUGCUGUGUGUAUAGCAGUUGCAUUCGGUGAUUAAAACCAUUAUACUAUGGUGAUAAAAUGUAGGAAAGGCGGUUAAUGUUUACUUUUUAACAAUUUCAAGAUGCGUUGUCAAAUAACACAACCAAAUUCGAUAGUUUUAGAAGUAGAAGUGGACCCUAAAUCGAAUGGACAAGAAGUUCUGGAAAAGGUUUGCCAGCAACUAGGGAUUGUGGAACAGGACUACUUUGGACUCCAGUUCCAAGGUGCUAAGGGCGAGCUGUUAUGGCUGAACAGCAGAAACCCAGUGUGUAAGCAAGUGAAUGGACCUAUACCGUACAGGUUCCAGCUCCGUGUCAAAUUUUACGUCCAACCUCAUCUGCUGCUGCAGGAAGAAUGCAGGCACCUGUUCUACCAGCAAGUGAUGCAUGAGCUGAGAUGUGGAAAGCUUCAGGUAACAGAUGAGGCUCAGCUAGUUCGGAUUGCCUCCCUUUCUGCCCAGGUGGAGUUAGGAGACCAGGUAGACAAUCCCAUGCUGUUGCAGCUGUACGAAAAAAUUCUGGAGGGUUUGACCCCUGACCCCUCCAGUGAUCUGGUCAAGGAGGUGGCUAUAGGACAUGGAGAUCUGAUGAGGGUAACCAAAGCACACGCAGAGUAUCGUUUGUUACAGGAGGCAUCCAUAAUAGAAAACUAUGGUACAGAGUAUCAUGAGGCUAAGAACUUGUCCGGAAACUCUGUCAGCAUUGGGGUCGGACCAGAGGGCAUUUUCUUCUACGACCUGAAUAAUGAGUUGUUUGAAAAGUUGGAAUACUCCAUGGUGAUGAAGGCAAUCCAUGAUAGAAAUAAAGUGAUACUGGAAGCGUAUAAUGACGAGGGGGAGACCAACAAGUACGAGUUUAAGAUGGUCAGCACGAGAGCUGCUAACGCUCUGUAUCGCUGUAUUACUGAGAUGCAUUCCUUUUUCCGCUGUGAUACUGUCCAUGAUGAGGUCAGCCUGCAAGUGACCCAUGACCUCAAAGGGGUGCUUGCCUCCAUCUUCAGUGAUAACACCGCAAGUGGCCAAAAUUAUGUAUUUGAUGUGAAACAAACCUGUAAAGAAGUGUAUGAUAGCACUCGGAGAAAAUUACUCAAACAACAACAAGUUCCCAUGUCUCUGGCAGCGAGCCAGGAGGACAUCUCACAGUCAACAGACAACAAGGAAAACAACGAAGAGCAGCAAGUUCAGAUGCUGAAAAACAAGUUGGAGACAAUCCAAGACUCUUUUGUGUGUAAAGUGUGUAUGGACAAUGAUAUCUCAACAGUGCUGUGUCCGUGUGGUCACAUGGUGUGCUGUAAUGACUGUGCAUCGCAGCUGGCCGAGUGCCCGCUGUGUAGAACUUCAAUAACGACGGCACAACCAGUCUUUCUCCCGACAGCUUUCUGUGUGAAAACGUAGUGAUCGUGCCAUGGGGGGAGGGGAGACGUGAGCUCGUCAUGACAAUAAAACAGAAAAGAAGGUAUUCAUUGAUGAACAAGAGCAUGCAGUUCUGAUAUUUACUUAUGAAUAUUCAUGAGUUUGUGCAUCAGCGGUCGUCCAGGCUGAUAAGUGAUUAUUGGAUGAAGACGCUUCGGAGGGUUGUAUUCAGUCAUGAUGAAAGGAGAGACAUUUACAGAUAAAGACUGUUAUCGGGAUUGUGCAUUAACUUGACAUUUAUCAUUAACAUAAUUAUAUUUUUCAUAUUCCUCUCAUGUCUCAUCAGUCAACACUGUGUUGCCAUUAUUUAUCAUUUGGUUUUGUCAGCAAUGUGAAAUUUUACAAAAAAAAAGUAAUCAAAAUAUAGUAUUUUACAUGUGUAUGAUACUUGUACUUAUGAUAGCAAUAGCAUACACUGAUUUCACAAAUAUUCACCUUGAUCACAUCAUCCAAUUACAGAUAUGUCUAAAAAUGUAAAUGUUGCUUAAAUUAAUGAUGAAUGAUUUUAUCAUAUAGAAUUUGUCCUCAAGAUUUGAUUGAACAAUGAACAUAUCUGCCAAACCAUUCAUAUGAUUUUUUUUAUCACAAACAUAAUAUUAUUGAGCUUGAGAAAAUCUAAUUUGCCAGAUAUUCUGACACUAUAGACUAUGCAUGCUUAUUCACUGUAUCACACCGGAGGUAUUUUCGAGCACUUUGUUAGGUCAUAUAGUCACCAUAUUCAACAUACUUACUGAUGUGUAUAUGUUUUAUUAUUUAAGUUUUAAAAGUGAUCCAGUUCUUUACAAGUUGAGACUGAUUGUUUCAAUCUACUAGUCUUUACAAGUACCUUCCAGUAUAAGCUGGGUCAAAAAUAUUAUGACUUUGUGAAAGAAUUGGAUGCUUUCAUGGAAAGAUGUUUUUUUCUGGGACGGGUGGUCAUUGUGGUAGGUAAACCCUAGUGUCAAUGUCUUCUCUGCAGAGAUCUACAGUUGUCUGAUAUUUACAAGGCCUACCUCUCUCUAUAAAUAAAAACACAUUCCUAAAAUAUUUAUGCUUACUGUAGAUUAUUCAUUUACUUUGGAUUCUCUACAACUAAAAGUGAAACUUUCAAUCUACAAAAAAUGGCAAUCGUUACAAAUCCAAUCUUUUGGUAAAACUUGUGUGAUAUUUGUUUGCAAGAAUAUUUAUGGGAUGUAUUAUAUAGUGCUUAAAUUUCGAGAGGUUGAACUUUUUGGGGGGGGAGUUUAAUUUUGUGCAUACUGUAAAUAGUCAGUGUGUCUGACUCUUUAACAGUAAAGGCAACAGACAUCUAGUGUUGAUAUUUUAAUGUCUUUUUUUUCAUGUCCCAAAAAUAUAAACCUUUGCAAAAUAUAAGCACUAUAUACAUGUAGAAUUGUAAAUGAUGAUGUUUUCCGAUGCAGCUGGGAAAUUACCAUGUUCAUAUUUUCUGCAUUAAAUUCUCUAGUAGUUAUACACACUGAUGCUUAUAAUAUUUUCUGUCAUCAUUUUUGUUAGUCCAUUUCACAUGAUAUGAAUCUUUCAUGUGAUUUGUGUCGUUAAAAUCAGUAUCAUUUAUUUAUUCAAAGGAAAUUUGAAUUCUGUGCCUUAAACAGAUAAAUGCAAUAUUCAAACUACUUACUACAGAAUGAAGCUCCAUCACUGAAACAUCUGUAUAAAAUUAUGGAAAAAAAACCUUCAAACUAUUGAUUUUAUUUGCAUUUUUUUCUCUAUGUUUCCAGGCUUUUGUUUUGGUGUAGAUACCCAGUAUGACAAUUUCACCAGCAUGGUCAUAGCAGCCCCAAUUUCGAUGUCCUGUAUAUAGGACGCAGUUCACUUGUACAGUAACUUUGUGAUAAAACAUACAUUCAUACAUUGUAUAUAUUAGAAUGGUUCAUUUGUUCUACAAUCAACUUUUAUGCUGACUUUAUUUAUUUUGAAUGUUUUAACUUGACUGUCAUAAUGUACUGACCUAUUGUUUCAUGUAUAUGUUGGUUUUUUUUUCCAUCAUUUUAAUUUCAUCUUUUCAGCAUUUCUACAUUUUAUAAAUGAUUCUGGAUAUAAUAAAAACAGAUCAUUGUGCCAUAAAUCAAAUGAAAUGUAAUUUAAACCCACAAACCACUGUUAAACUGAAGUUUAAUUUAUGUACACCACUUCCUAUGUAAUUAGUGAACUGAUGUGAUGGACCAUGGAAAAUGAACAUUUUGUAGUUCUUAUGCUUUUGUUUAGUUAGACUUUGUUUUUCUGAAAAUUAUUCAAAUACAUGUAUAUUUUUUCUUUUUCCUUACAUUGAUAAAACCACUUAAUACUUGUAUCCAUCAAUGUUUUUAAGAUGUUGAGAAUGUUCAGUGUAUUUUGUGUGUUUUUUGACUGUACAAGUUAACAGUUUGGUUCUGAUCUUGGCUGUAUCAAGAUGCAUCAGAUCUGUAAAUCAUUCAAAUUGCUGAUAUAUUUCAUAAUUUAAAAUAUACCUGGUAUAAAUAAAAAAUAAAAUCAUGCCUGUUGUGGGAUUCAAAAUUAUCACCAGCAGAAAAAAGAAUUAUUUUGGUUCAUUUGCGUUUGACAGAAAGUGUUGCUGUCAUUGAAAUAAGCUAGUGGAUCUUGAAACAGCUGAGACUUUGUAUGGUUCAUUUGUAUGAUCUAUAAGUGUUUUAUAGGUACUAUGAUUGGUUCUUUCGCUUUCACUGUAGUCAUUUAUUCUCACUUUUGUGCUAAAUAUACGUUAAAUGAUUCUGUUCUUUAGGGUGAUUGGCUGAACUCCCAAGUUGUUAGUAUAUGUCUUAACUAGACUGAAUGGAACCUGAAAGGUCUUAUUAGAUCCUCAUCCAACAGAUCAGACCUGAAAGUCAAAUAAGAUAUUGAGACUUAUCUUACAGAUGUAUUUAGGAUUGCAUUUCAUUGCUUAAUAUGUUAAUUCUGAUAUUUUUUAUUGGUGACUUUCUACACAUUUUGUCUUGUUUAAAUUGACAAAUGCAAGGUUUCCAUGGAGAUAACCAGACUAAAAAUUUGUUAAUAACGGCAUACAGAUAAACAAAUACAGCUGAACUAUUGGUUUACUAUGCAGACUAUUUUGAGAAAACAGAUCAUUGUGCUAUAAGUCAAACAAAAUCCAACUUAAAUCCACAAACCACUGUUUAACUUACGUUUUAUUUAUAUACACCACUUCCUAUGUAAUUAGUGAACUGAUUUAUUAUUGUAGAGCGUAUCACACUAAACUUUUUUUUAUUUUUCAAAACAACUUUUAUAGAAAUAAGGUAAAAUUUCAAAACCUUUGAUACAACUAAUGUACAUAUUUGAGAGGUAAAACAAUUAACUUGGUAAGCAAUUUCUUGUAGGCUUUGGUGAGGUAAUUGAGAUCUAUUUUCAAGUCUAUUACAUAUUUAAAGAAAGUGGUCACAUUCUUAAAUAUACUUAUGCUAUAUCAAACUGUUGUACAAGUUGAACUGAGGAUAUUUGAAACAUUUACUAUUCAGGAUUGUAUUGUAUCUAACUAGACUAGCUGAGCAGUAAACAAACACAAAAUACAAACUUCAGCCAUUUUAAUAGGUUUUAAAAUUUGAACAAACCUUUUCUUAAAUGUAAGGAUAUGAGAAAAAUUUGACCGGUGAAAUCAAAAUACUUUGAUGCAACACAGUAAACUAAACAGCAAUUUAGAUAUGAAAUAUUGUUAUAUACAUUUUGUGAGUUGUAUUAUGUACAUUAUUUGUCUAACCAUGCUAUGCAUCAUUCCACACUGUAAUAACUGCAAUGCAUAUCACUAAGAAGGCACUGUAUCACUGUGUAGUUAUCAUUGUGUUAUUAUAUUACAUUCCAGCAUUUCAAUCUUAAUUGUGUUUACCAAAUGAUACAUGCAUACUGAUUUCAUGCUUUGUACUCUGAAUGAUUGACAUCUGGUCAGGUUUUUAUUUAACUCUUCGGUUAAUUCAGACAAAUAUUUUCAUAGUGCCCAUCUGUAUUUUAAUUUAAUUCAUCAGUUCCAUCACAGAAUGUUUCAGGAACCCUCUUUUUCACCGGUUACUAUAGUGACUCAAAAGGUUUUAUUUUAAAAAAACUGAAGUUGUCCCAUUCAAAGAAAAAACAAAAGAAUACAAUGAAUUUAUUACGUGGAUUAGGGUCAAAUCAUUUGUUUGAGUUUAAAGGGAAAUUGGCACAUCCAAGUUCAAUUUUAUCAAGUUCCUUUAUUUCUUUAUAUGGUUUAACUGAAUUUUUAAAAAAAAAUCCUAAGCAUUUAGUUAUCUGUUAAACAAAAAAAGAUCACCAUAUCGAAAAUUGAUUUUAUUUUCAAGUGAAUUUGUAAAUGUGAUAGUUUCUGUGUUGAUUGGGAAUGAUGUGAUAGUUUCUGUGUUGAUUGGGAAUGAAGUAACUUGAGUAGACAGUGGUGAGGUGCUAUUUGUUCUGAGAUAUGUGAUUGUCGGUUUUGUCAAGCAGGUAUAUUGUAUAUAUUGUCAGACUGUCAGGUAUUACAGAAUGUUGGUAGUUGACAGAUUUAUGAUAACGUCAGUUGUUGAAGAAGGUAAAGUUGUGCUCAGGGACACAAGUUAUAGGAGAAAGAUUAAUGUUGAAAUGUGAUGCGAUAAUUUAUCUUUUAUAUGAAACCAUUGUUAAGUAGAUGUUUGUCUUUCACUUCGAAAUGAAGUAGCUGACAGAAAUUGUCAAACAUGUAGAUAAUUUAUAAAAAAUAAAACUAAAAAAUAAAUAACAAUAAAAUCUA